UGUCCUGGGGAGACACCGCUGCUCAGGGGGCUGACCUGGCCGGGAGUAGCCGCGCACUCCUCUCCUACACCACUUGGUGCACGCUGCCACCGGCGCCUCCGCUUCGGGGUCGGUACUCGCGCCUGGACACCGUCCCGCUCCCUCGUCAUGCACCUCUACCUGCCUCUUCCCUGGGGACAUCUGCGGAGUAGUUGCCCGCCCCGGGUGCUUGGGCCCUGACCAUGCCGGGCGACCAAAUCCUCAGGUGAGCAAGCGUGGCAACAUCACCAGAUUCUCCUCAGAAAGAAGACUUUGCAAAGGACCAAUGACUCUGUGUCCUGCACCCUUGCAUCUUUUCCUACUCUGCAGCCAUGUCUCGGUCCUGCCAUGCAAAGCCUUCCAAAUCAGUCAAGACAAAGCUGCACAAAAAGAAAAGCAUCCCGACAAAGAAGAAGACAGCAAAGCAGGCUGCCAAACAUGGGGCAUCAGGGAAGGCGGUGAACCCUGGAAAACUGAAGAAACUAAUUCAAGGAAGAGAUGCUAAGAAACAAACAGAGGACAAAAGCCCCAGGCCGACCCCAAGUCUUCUGACAAGAGCUGGGGCUGCCAGAAUGAAUCAGGAUCCAACCCAAGUCCUUUUUCAGAAUCCAGAGUCCUUAACUUGCAACGGGUUCACAAUGGCUCUCCGGAGGACCUCUCUUAGCUGGAGACUCUCCCAGCGCUCGGCAGCCACACCCAAACCUAAGAAAGCGCCACCUUCAAAGAGUUUUGGGAAGCAGCAGUGUAGUCGUGAUACCCAGGAAGACACCGGGGUGAAGCACUCAGAAAACAAUCCGGUCCCCAGCCAAGAUGCCCUCACGUCAGCAGACACAGAGAAGCUAAUUGGUGAACAGAACACGUGUUUAGCUGAAGGUGAGAGCCAAGAGAUAACCCAGCCUUCGCCUCCAAGGGUAGAAGAUGCCCAAAGCUGUCCCUCCACAUACGGGAACCCUGCAGCAGGGGCCCCAUGCGGGCCACCGGAAGGGACAUGCUGUAAUGGACCACUCUCUUAUCCAACAUCCGAUGGUGUGUGCAUUGCCCCUCAGGAGUGUGCUCCUUUGCCCCACACGUCAGCUCCCGAAGUCACCUCUCAGAACACUAGCAGUCAGUUAGAAGACUUGGGGUCCCAAGUAGAGUGUCUGCAGCUAUCUGAUCCUUCUCUGAAUCCUAUGGGACGGGAACAUAACAGCUUCCCCCCCUCCAGUUUUAAGAUUGUUCCUGAACUGGACCUUAAUACCUGCAUGUCUCUUGAUGGCUCUAUAUAUCCCACAGCGCUGAUAAAAUUCCUCUUGGCAGGCUCACAGUCAGAUGUCCUUGACACUAAACCCCAAGAAGAAGCCCUCAAAACGACCCUAGAUCAAGUGGGAUGCCACCCAGAUCAGGUUCUGGAUGCCACUUCUGUCCUAGGACCAACUUUCAGUAUUCACCCACAUCAGUGGGGAUUUCCUGGUGCUAACUUAGUUCACUGUGAGGCCCUGGGCAAGGGCUCAGAUUCACCAGAGACUCUUGGUGCUAUUCCUAUGCUAAACCAGCAAGGAACUGUGGGUGUGGGUGUGGGUGCGUCCCCGUACCUGCCUAUCUUCCUUCCUGCAAACACAAUGUCUACCUACAGCGGUGCUCCUCCCGGGCCUGAGCCCCAUAGCUCCGCCUCCUGUGGGCUCGAGGUCCAAGGUGCUAUACCGAUUUUAACUUUGGGCUCAGGACACACAUCCCAACCCCCACCCAUCUCCGAGUCAAGUUCAAUACCUCUGGUAAUAGCUGCAAACAGUAUUCAGGAUGAGAAACAGUUGUGUGCAGGCCCGCUUCCAGCUAGCACGCAAGAGUUUACAAUCGCCCCCGAGAACGGACUCCAGCUGGUUCCACUGGACCUUACCCAGUGCCCUCCGUCUGCUCCCAGCAAAUUGGAAGGAGCGAUUUCUGCGGUCAGCGUGACCGGCUCAGCUGAUAUCAAAACCCCCGGGAUGUCUGUGCCAGUUUCAGGGGCCGGUCCCUCGCCUCGCCCGUGUAAAUCUACGCCGCCAGCGGUGGAGAAGAGGAAACGCAAGCCGUGUGGGGUCUGUGGGCCCUGCCAGCAGAAAGCCAACUGCGGCGAGUGUACCUACUGCAAGAACAGAAAGAACAGCCACCAGAUCUGCAAGAAGAGGAAGUGCGAGGUGCUCAAGAAGAAGCCAGAGGCCGCCUCACAGGUCCAGGUUACAAAAGAAAACAAGAGGCCCCAGAGGGAAAAGAAGCCCAAAGUUUUAAAGACAGACUCUAACAACAAACUAGUAAAUGGCCCCAAAUCAGAGUCCAUGGAAUACAGUACCUGUGGUCAUGGGGAAGAAGAGCAGAGACUGGAUUUGAUCACAUAUCCCCUUGAAAAUGUAAGGAAGAAUGCAGAAAGCAUGACGGGAGUCGAGGUGGAGAAGUGGACGCCAAACAAGAAAUCCCACUUAGCGGGUCAAGUCAAGGAGAGCCUCAAUGCAAAUUUAAUUGGGGUUGAAAAUUCCCAGCCCUCUGAAGAUGACAAGCAACAAACCAAACUUUCUCCGACGUUUGCACAGACCAUAAGAAACGGCAUGAAAAAUGUACACUGUUUACCCACAGACCCAAACCUUCCACUUGACAAACUGAAUCUUGAAGAAUUUAGCAAGGCAUUGGAAAAUAACUCCUCUAAAUUGCUGACUGACCCCUCAGACCGCAAUGAUGCCAUGAGCUCUGUCACUUCCGAGGGGAGCUGUGAUCAUGUCAAGGGGACAGGGAACAUCUUGCUUUUCCAGAAGCCCGGCUCAAACUGCAGAUCUGGUGCUGAAUCCGCCACCUUUAAUAAUCAUCCCAAUACACACAGGGCUGGUGGUCAGCCUCAGACCCCUGAGAAGGUACUCAGAAAAGAACCCAAAGAUGGCUCUCCAGUUCAGCCAAGUCUUUUAUCCCUGAUGAAGGACAGGAGGUUAACCUUGGAACAAGUGGUUGCCAUAGAGGCCCUUACUCAGCUCUCAGAAGCUCCAUCAGAGAAUUCCUCCCCAUCCAAGUCAGAGAAAGAUGAAGAAACAGAUCGGAGAACGGCUAGCCUGCUUAACAGUUGUAAGGCUAUCCUCUAUUCAGUGAGAAAAGACCUCCAAGACCCAAACUUACAAGGGAAGAGUCACCGUGACACUGUCUUCUUCAAUGGCCAGAGCAGAGCGUUCAAGUCACCUGAUAGUUCAGCUUCUAACCGAGCACUUACAAAGUCACAAGGACAUUCAAAUCCACCCACACCUGAAAGAAAAUGCACUGCUGGGGGUAAAGCUCCCCUCGGAAGUCCUAAGAAUUCACAUCCAUUGCCGGCAGAAAGUCAUAAUCUAGAAAACUGCAGUCAGGUACUAAAUAGCAAUCAAAAUUUGAGUUCCCAUGAUCUGUCCUGCCACGAUGCUCCCUACAGUCAAAUUGAAGAAGAUGUCGCAGCACAAUUAACCCAACUUGCAUCCGUAAUUAAUUACAACCACAUUAAGUCAGAGGUCAAGGAUGCUGAAAGUACAGCAGAGAGCCUUGUUGCAAAGACUGUACAGCAAAAACAUAGUCAGGAGAAAGGCGUGGCACAGCAGAAGCCACCUUCAAGUCCACAGAGCAAACCUAGGGUGCCAUCAGCAAAGCCAAAGAAGAAGACCCAGAAAAAAACAAGACCGACCCCAUACACAGACAAGCGGAAAAAGAAACCCCCAGUCCUUAGCCCUCAAGAAAAUGAUCAGAAGAAGCAAGAGCAGCUGGCCAUCCAGUACAGUAAGAUGCAUGACAUCUGGAUGUCAUCCAAAUUUCAAAGGUUUGGCCAGUCUGGUCCACAUGACGUUCCUGUUCUGUUGGGAACUAUUCCUAUCUUUGACCAAAUAUUAAAGCCAGUGGCUCAUAGUAACGCCUCCUUCCAACACAAUAAGUUAUUUCCUCCUCUCAGUCAGAUAAAAUUUACAAGAUGCCCUGAGUUGGCAAAGGAGAAAGUGAAGGUUGAACCAUCAGAUUCUCCGCCAACAUGCCAGUUCAAGUCGGAAUCCAGCUGGCAGGCAUGUGCGGAGCCAGCAGAUAACUCUCAGGUACAGCCAACAGUGAAUGUCAAUCAGAAGGUGCACCCUCUGCCCCAGUCCCCGAACCAGGGUGCUAACGUGAUGGCUGGUGCUGCUCAGACACAGCUUCAUCUAGGCGCUCGAGAGAACCUGGUGCAUCAGAUACCACCGACGCUGCCUGGUGCCUCUCCUGAGACACCCUUGCCAGACCCGGCGUCCAUCCUCAGGAAAGGGAACGUGCAAAGCUCCAAUGGAGUUACAGUUGUUACCGCCAAGCGGGAAGCUCAGACAUGGAGCGAUGGGCCGUUGGGCGAUUCUACCACGCACAGCGCACAGGCAGAUUUCAAUGAGAGUGUCAUGAACUUCCUUAGCGAGCCUGCAAAAAAUCUGAUAGCCGGAGUGAGUGAUGUGGAAGACCCAACCUGUCACUGUGUUGAUCGAGGUACACAAAAAGACAAAGGCCCAUAUUAUACACACCUUGGGGCAGGACCAAGUGUUGCUGCUGUCAGGGAGCUCAUGGAGACUAGGUAUGGCCAAAAAGGAAAGGCAAUCCGAAUCGAGAAGAUAGAGUACACGGGGAAAGAAGGCAAGAGCUCUCAGGGCUGCCCAGUCGCCAAGUGGGUGAUUAGAAGGAGUGGUCCUGAAGAGAAGGUCCUUUGUCUGGUCCGAGUGCGAGUAGGCCACUACUGUCAGACAGCUGUGAUGGUCGUGCUCAUCCUGCUGUGGGAAGGCAUCCCUCGCCCGAUGGCUGACCGCCUGUACAAAGAGCUCACGGAGAGCUUACGGUGCUACAGCGGGCACCCCACUGACAGAAGAUGUACCCUCAACGAAAAUCGAACCUGCACCUGCCAGGGCCUCAAUCCAAAGACAUGUGGAGCAUCUUUCUCCUUUGGCUGUUCGUGGAGCAUGUAUUUCAACGGCUGUAAGUUUGGGAGAAGCCCAAACCCCAGAAAAUUCAGACUUGCUCCAAACUAUCCCUUACACAACUACUAUAAGAGAAUUACUGGAAUACGUUCUGAAAAAAGAAGCCGUGUGAAGCCCGUGAAGCCUAGACGGAUCAUUCCAGAACACAAGGCCCUGGAAAAAAAGCUUGAAGAGAAUUUACAGAACUUGGCUACAGAAUUGGCUCCACUUUAUAAGCAGAUGGCUCCAGUUGCUUAUCAAAAUCAAGUGGAAUAUGAAGAUGUGGCUGGAGACUGUCGACUUGGUACCAAGGAAGGCCGUCCUUUCUCUGGUGUCACCUGCUGCAUGGAUUUCUGUGCCCAUUCUCACAGGGACAUUCACAACAUGAAUAAUGGAAGCACUGUGGUUUGUACUUUGAUUCGAGAAGAUGGCCGUGACACGAAUAUUCCAAAGGAUGAGCAGCUCCACAUCCUCCCACUACACCGGCUUGCAGACACUGAUGAAUUUGGCUCUCGGGAAGGGAUGGAAGCCAAGAUCCAAUCUGGGGCCAUCCAAGUCAAUGGCCCAUCCAGGAAGAAGCAACUACGUUUCAACGAACCUGUUCCUCGAUGUGGAAAGAAGAGGGCCAAAAUGAUGGAGCAGAACAAGAAACCAGCCGCUGCUGGCCUCAGAACAAGGAGGAACGCCACUGCCAGUAAGGGUGGCCCAGGUUCAGACAACACUAAAAGCUGUCCAUCGGCCUCAUCUACUACGCACCCAGAGAAAGAAGAAUCUACAGACCUAAGUCCCCUGGUGGCUUCCUCCACGAAAACAGCUACCUGUAUGUACAAUAAAACAGCUUCAGGCGGGCUUCCAGAAACAAGUAGCGUUCCCCACGGCGCAAUGCCUUCUGGGACACACAGUGGUGCUAAUGCAGCUGCUGGGGAGGGCGCUGGGCUUGCACAGCCUGGUGAAGUGGCUCCGCUUCCUCACCAGUCUCUUCCCACAGCAGAUCCCCCUGCUCAUUCUGAGCCCGUCGCUAGUCCGCCCGAGCAGCUACCUUCCAACCAGUCAAACCAGCAGCCCCCGUUCCUCAGCUCUCCUCAUAAACUGGCUUCCUGUCAGGUGAAAGAUGAGCUGCACUCUGAAGCAGAUAAGCCUCUGUCGGAUGACCUGUCCUCCGACGAGGAUACUAACAUCCCUCAAAUUGAUGAGUUUUGGUCAGACAGCGAGGAGAUCUACUUUGAUCCCAGCUUUGGUGGAGUGGCGAUAGCACCCAUCCACGGCUCGGUGCUGAUUGAAUGUGCCCGGAGAGAGCUCCACGCGACCACCUCCUUGAGGUGUCCCAACCGAUAUUGCCCUUUUCGUGUGGCCCUCGUAUUCUACCAGCACAAAAACCUGAAUAAGCCCAGACAUGGUUUUGAUAUCAACAGGAUGAAGUAUGAAUCUAAAGAUGUAAAGAAAAAACCCGCAGAUCGCGAGGGCCCUGACUUAUCCACCGAAGCCACUUUGUCAUACCAAAUUCCUUCUCGCAUUGCUUCCACUCUAACCCAUGACAAUAUCGUCACUGUGUCCCCUUACGCUCUCACUCAUGUUGCAGGGCCCUACAACCAUUGGGUCUAGAGGCUUUUCUCCCAUAAUGCCUUCGCUAGCUCGGUGUAGUUUUUACGGUGCUGUUCAAAAGAAAGUCAUAUUGUUGUUUACUGUAUCUUCAUUUCACCCAUUUUAACUCUGAGAUAAAAAUUAAAAAAAAAAACGGGGUGGGAACUUAACUGUGACUAUAUUUUGAGAAUUGGUAGAAGGUGCAGAUUUUCAGCAAAAUUAAAAUUUUUUCUAGUUUUAGAUACAUAAAGAAUCUCUUGGUUAGGUGUGGGCCGUGCUAGAACCAGGGUUCGGUGCUUUACACUCAGUUUGUUUACUAUGAGGAGGAUGUUAACAAGUUCCUGCAAUAAGAUGUAAAAGCCAAGACACACAGUGUUAACCCUACACAGUUCCUGGUGCUUUAACCACACCAACACAUGCAGUAAUGAGCUGAAUGAUUGUUUCAUGGUGCCAUUGCUCAAGCAUCUUCCAAUCAUUGCUAUCGUGUCUGCACAUUUCUUUGAAAUAAACCAAUGAAAUGCUUUUUUCCUCUUAAAAUAUAUCUCCUGUAUAAAGUAAUUCUUUAUUCUAGUGAUGGUUGGAGGCUGUUCAUUAACUGUAAAUAUAUAUAUUUUAAAAAGCACUUUCUAUUUUUAAAAGUAACUUGAAAUAGUAUAGUAGCAGAAUCCUAUUGUCUAUUAUGUAUGCAUAUCUGCAUACCAGAGAAGUCAUUUGUUCUUGCUGUGUGAGUUCCAUUCUGUUAACCACAGCCUGUAUUCAAAUAAUAUAUGACUAGUGUUUUUACCAAUAAAGUAGAGGAUCUCUAAGAAAUUGAAACUACAAAAUGCCACCAAUAUCAAUUUCCCCUAGGAAAAAAUAAAAAAAAGACAUUAUCUUCUAAACUAACCCUAUAAUUGAAGUAUAUGACCCUAUGGCAGGCGUUUUCAAAGAGAGAGGGCACAAAUUUGGAUCAGUCAAAUGCUCCCAAUGUUUCAAAUUGAGAAAAUAUCUAAUUAAGUAACCUUUCCUUCCCAAAUGAGAAGAAAAUAUUCUGUAGAAGUAAUCGAAGUGAAAAAUCCUCACGAUUACCAUUAUCGCUCCUACCCUGGAGUCACAGAGUAAAAUUAGUACUGUAAGCCAGUUAAGAGGCUAACUAAGCUGGGUGUGGUGACCCACACCUGAAAUUUCAGCGCUCUGGAAGGCAGAGGCAGGUAGACCACUGUGAGUUCAAGGCCAGCCUGGUCUACAAAGUGAGUCCAGGACAGCCAAGGCUACACAGGGAAACCCUGUCUCAAAAAACAAACAAAAACAAAAAGAGAGAGAGAGAGCUCUAACUAUUACUAAUCUUAACCUAUUGGGGUUAGAUAAAUGGUGACUAAACUUCUUUAGUAAUCCCAUAUUUUGAAAGUGACGAGUAAAAUCGGCAUUCUGAUUAUUUUGGUGGUCCAUUGUUUAAUUGACUUACAGUCCAAGAAAGAUUCCCCAAACAGAAAACCUACAACCAAGAGACCUUUCAGUGAAAUACAAAUGCACAGGUGCUAUGACAUUCAAGGUGUUGGAUUCUUUGGGAGUACAGGAACCCAAAUGGUGCUUCUCUGAGAUGCCAUAGGAGACCCACAACUAUUACCACAAUCUUGGUGCAAAUGUAAACAGUUCCAGUAAGCUCUCUAGAGAAUAACUUAUUAAAUUGAUACAUGGUGCAAAGGGUAAGUUUCUGGCGAAGGCAAGUUCAGGAAGAGGAAGGGAUUGUAAAUAAGGAAAUGUCCAUUGACGUUCCACAGUGUACAGGUAGACUUAAGCUCCUGCAAUGCCUACAGUAGGGUAAUUUGUUGACCUGAUUUAGUGUUUUGUGUGCCUUAGAUUUCCAUUUAAAAACAUGCCUAUCUUUUAAGCCUAGGGUUUCUUACACGUGUGAGUAUAUAAAUGUGCUCAGUUAUUGCUUCAGCUGCUUCAGUUAGGUAUUUGUUAGACUAGACCAUCAGGACUGUUCCCUUGUGAAGUUACCUUUGCGGUGUUCAGCCUUAGCUCCCACUAGGAAUCAUUUCUUUUCCAUUGCUGGAAAAAAUCUUCUCCCCCUGACUGUAUUCAUUCAUUCAUUUACCCAUCCCUCUAACGCAUGUUUAAUUGAAUCCUUCUCAAUUCAAUUUGAUUGAAUUUGAUUUUGUUUAUUUUUGAGUCACCACCUCGGAUGCGAUCUUAAACAGAAUGCUUGGCAUUAUUUCCUAAGGGAAUAGCAAAUUACCUAUAAAAGAAGAGCUACAGUAAUAUAUAUUCUAAUAAAGUCAAGCUAACUUGUUUUUAAUGUUAAGGCCACGUUUUGUUUUUGUCUUUUGUUGUUAUUUUCCAAGACAGGGUUUCUUUAUGUAGCAUUGGCUGUCCUGAAACUCACUUUGUAGACCAGGCUGGCCUGGCACUGGUGAGAUCCACCUGCCUCUGCCUCCUCAGUGCUGGGAUUAAAGGUGUGUGCCACCACUGCACAGCUCUAAGGCCACAUUCUUAAUGUUUAACUCAUUUUAGACACCGAUGUUGAUCAAUGGGGCUGUUGGGAUGUGGGAAGCUACUUGCAUUUUGACAGAAUAAGUACAUGAAAAUAAUCAGUUCCAGGAAGGCAGAGGUAGGCUGAGAGCUGUGAACUCGAGGCCAGCAUGGUCUAACAAAGUGAGUCCAGGACAGCCAAGACUACACUGAGAAACUUUCUCAGGGGAAAAACAGAGAAAAGGAAAAAAGAAAAUAAUCAGUUUCAAGAAAAAUGUCAUUCCAUUGUUAAAAUUGUCUUUAGAAAUGGAAUGCCUCAGCCUACUGAGGGAACCUCAUUCUCUUAAGUUCUUGGGCACUCUGGUGUGCUUCUUAGACACACGGUGCUUAGUCAGUGUUCAGCAGCACUGGGUGUCUACUGGCUAUGUACUGCUUUAAGAGUGGUCUUUAUUACAGACGGAAUAAACUGGUCUGAGAUGACAGCCCCUGUCACACUCUUCUAAUGGUCUUCCUACACCUCCUUCGCUUUGUUACACUCAGAUUCCUUUUCCUUUACCUCAUUUGUGAAGCUCUAAUUAAGACUGUGUUCAUGAUGUGAACCUUGAUUUCAUUGCUGUAUGUGACCUCCAUGGUAGCCCAGCAGAUGCUAUCAUUCUUGUGUGCUAUAAAUUCUAUAUCACCUGUCCUCUCAAAAUUCCAUCUUCUGUGUGUGUGUUUUGGUUUUAUGAGACUGAUUCUGUAUGUAAUUUUGGCUCUCCUGGAACUCACAUGGUAGACCAGGCUACCCUAGACUUCUGCCUCUGCCCCUGUGCUGGCAUUAAAGCUGUACUCCACCACUCUCCAAGCUGUUUUGUUCUCUCUGUCAGCCUCACGUAUAUCCUGUUUCCAAAUUUCUGCGAGGUACCAUGUUGCGAUAGAUUGCUGGGACUUGAGGCUGAGAAGGGUAAAUUUUCCCGACGUGUUCAUGGCUUAGAUGACUUUCCAGUCAGUGCAUUCGUGAGGCUCAGAGCUUCGCUAGCUGAACGCUGUAAGCCGUUCACUUACAUUCACCCAUUACCUGGUUAACUGAACGGCUGACCUUCUGUAAAUGGUGUACCAGCUCGGUUCACAUGAAUAACAUACUUCCUAGUGUCAUUACUCCAGUUUAUCAUUUCACAUUUGCAUGAUAACAAACCCAAGUUAGUCAGACAUGUAUACUGAGACUUCUAUGUGGGACAAAUCUGUCAGAUCAUUGCAUGGCAUUUGCUAUCGACUGUGAGCACAUUCACCUUUGUGCCAAGUAAGUAGCUGUGUGCAAUCUUUAGUUUGGCCCCUCGAUGCAUGAGAAUCUUUCUUAGUCUAGAUUUGAAACAACUGAAUCAUCAUCUUUACUAGUAAUUUAUGACAAGAAUUAUAACAAGAUAAUGUGGUGACUCUUGCUGCACCAGAAGUCCCCUUCGAGGCGCUGGAGUUGAACCCCUGUGCUCACAGAGCAGACCGGCUGGUAGCUGCCUACAGGCCACUCUGUUCUUCCGGAGAACCGCACAAAACAAACUUUACUUUUCUCACCCAUAGAGGACUGCAUUACUGAGAACUAUCCUUAUUUUUAUACAAGUCAAAAAUAAAACAGCUUUCUGUCCUCUGGUGAGGUUCAGGACGCGAAUGGUAAUGGUAAAAUUAGGUCAAGACUCCCUUGACUGUCAAUGUUUCAGGCUCUGUGGGGAGACGUUAGCUGACUUUUAGCUAUGAAGCUAACCUAUUAACGCUUUCCUAUAAAUAUGGAGAUCCUUGUCUUUGCCAUUCCCUCUGGAACCUCGUAUUCGGAAUACAUAAGGAUUUCUUAAGGACUGGCUGAGCCAACUGAGGAAAGCAUACUUUCAUUGUAUAUACUCCCUAGCCGUGGUUGCACAUUCCUUCCUGCCCCUCACCUAGUUAAGUGCAAGCAGUUGCUUGUGGUGUGGCCAUUUUUGUGAUGGGAAUGCUGUACUUUGUUAGGUCUAUGUCCUGUCCACUUUGGCAUGUUUGCCAUGUGGUGUAGUCAUUGCUUGGUUGUUUAAAUUUUUCCAAGUGAAAUGGGUGUUUCAGACUGUAUUUUUCAUAGCAUUAGAAAAUAACGGCAAUCCUAUGUUGAGAAGACAUUCAGACAGUCUGUGUGUCUUCCCACAAAACUUGAUUCUGUAUAUUUUCUUCAAAAGUGUUAAAACUCUUAAGCAUGGUUUUUGUGUUUAGUCUUCUCUCUCUCUCUCUCUGUAAUAGAAGAUGAGCCUCGCUAGUAAGUUGUAAAGCUGGGCCUUUAAGAGUGUCAUGGUCUUGCGUAGUGCAGUCUUGAACUUUGGCUGAGGAUGUUGAGAACUUGUUUUUUCGUUUCUUUUUCUUUUGAAACUGGAUCUCACAAUGCAGCCCUGGCCUGGCAACAUAGACUGAGCUGGCCUUGAACCCACAGAGGUUCUUCUGGCCUCGACUCCACCACACCUGGUGUCUCUAGUGCAUUAGGUAAACUCUCUCUCAACCUUACCUUCCAUCCUAGACCUUGGUGUUUUGUAAGGAAUUGUCAGUUUCGUAUGUACUCAGCUGUACAAAAUCUUAGCACGUUGCUAAGGCUUUUUCUGAAUUCUCUGGUUUAGAUGAUCUUUUUUCUUACAUGCAAGAGGAGUGACACAGGGCACCCUGUCCAGCUAACAUACAUUUGUAUUAGCCCCAGUUCGUUUCUCUCCUGGAUAACAGUUUGUUCAAAAUACGUGUUACUCAUAAUCUUACGUUCACCCUGAGGCCCCACUCUGCUCAAAAUUAUCUUGUGGCAGUCUGUAAUGCCUCUGGCUUCAAAAUUUCAAGGUUACUGAUUUCCAUACUCCUUUUGUACUUUAUGAUUAAAACUGCUGCUCUCCUAUGUGUAUAUUCUGGCUCCAUCACCCAGAUCAUCCGUUAUGCAAACACAUCUGGGUCUUUAAAACUGUCAUUUUGUUUCUCACUCCUUUUCCUUUUUGAGACAUCAUCUCAUUAUAUAGUUUAGGCCAGCCUUACAUGCUCUCGUUUAUCUCAGCAUCAUGGCUUAUCUUUUAAAAUUGUGUGUCAUGAAGUCCAACACCCACCUUUGCUCAAGUCUGUAAUCCCAACUGCUUGAGGGGCUGAGGCAAAAUGAUAGAAAAGGAACACCAACGGACAGAGUUUGCUAGCCUUGCUGGAAGUGCCCUGGGUCCAAUCCCCAGAAAGGACCAAGAAAGAGUAUAUUUAUGCAGACCUUUUCAAUUAGGGGUAAAUACAACUUAAGCAUAAGUUACUUAUUCCCAUUCUCUUUUGUGGCUUUUCCAUCUCCAUCUGUUAAAUUACAAAUCUGCCAGGCAGUUUUAGUCACUGGGUCUUAUAUGCAGACAGACUCUCUUUUCUUUAUUCUCAUUUUCUACCUUCUAUUUACCCACAACUCUAUUUUGCUGAUGGGAACCUGUUUCCUAGGGUAAAUUUACUCUUGAAAUUUUUCAGCUGUAAUAGUGUAAUCAUAAUGGCCUUGGUAUACUGGAAUUAGACUCUUCCUAUCUCAAACCUCCAGCCCAGACAUCACAGUCCCACAUCACUGCACAUAAUCUAGUUUCAAACCUGAGUCCUUGGUGCUGAGCCACCAGGAGGCUCUGGGGACGAAGGUCCCGAAAGGGACCAAAGGGAGCUACACACCUCCAGGUCAAAAGCAAAAAAUACUUUCAAUAUUUCUUGUCUAUCCUCUUCUAAUUUUAACUGAAAAUAGAUGCUAGAAACAGGUAAUAUUUUGAGAACAAGUAGGACAUGAACAACAACAAUGGGCAUCUCUCCCUACAGGCGUGCACGCCUGUAAUUCCAGCUUGCCGGAAGGCAGAAGCCAGUAGGUAAGAUCCUGCCUUCACUGAGUGCUUUGUGCAACUUCUUUUUUUCUUUCUUUCUUUCUUUCUUUCUUUCUUUCUUUCUUUCUUUCUUUCUUCUUUUUUUUUGAGGGACAAGGUGAGUUGGUUGGUUUUUAGAGACAAGGUUUCUCUGUGUAGCCCGCCUCUGCCUCCCUGAGUGCUGGGAUCGCAGGCAUGUACCACCUCGCCUGGUGUUUGCAACUUCUUUUUGCCAAUAUUGAACUCAGAAAACAUACUUCCCUUUUACAGAUGAGCCGCCAAGCAAGUAACAAGAAUAGCCAGUAGCUUACUUUAAGUCACACAGCAAUUCAAUGAAUAUGAACGAAAUGAUGUGUUUUGCCUGAGUGUGUGUGUGUACCAUGUGUACUGAGUAGAGCUAAUAGAGAAAUAUAAAAUUUAUUAAACCUCUCUUCAGCUAGUUUACACUGUGUAGUCAGCUGUUUUCAUUCACAUGUUAAAGUUCUCAAAUUCUCAUUUAUGCAUCAAAGUCUAGGUUUGUGGUUUUUAUUUUUGUGUGCGUGUGUGUGUGCGUGUGUGUGUGCGUGUGUGUGUGUGUGUGUGUGUGUGUGUGUGUUUAAGGCAGGUGCUUGUUUAGCCAUGGCUGCCCUGGAGAAUUCUAUGUAUCCCAGGUCGGUCUGGCCCUAGGUGCAGGGAUUGCAGGUGUGAACCACCCUAUUUGGUGUAUAUUUAAAAAAAAAAAAGCAUAGAGAAUAUCCUUUACUCUUAAUAGGAAGACAAAAUACAUUUUCCACCAAGUCAUUUUUAAAUGGGACUUUUAAAGCCCCUCAUAAUCAAAGUUUAAUUUAUUUGUUUAAAUAUAUUGAAACGAAGGUUUCUUGAAGGAAAUAGUGCUAGCUGAACAAUUUGAGUUCCAAGCCCUUCAUUAUAUAAAUAUGCAAAAUUAUUCACGAACAGGUUUUAUGGUCUCUAGAUUAUGUAGGAUGGUCUUGUUAGAUUGGGUUGGGUUUGUUUUGUUUCGGUGUGCGCCCCUCUGCUUUAUUUGUAGCCAUAUAAAUCUUUGCAGCAAAUGUACCUGAACCUAGAGAGUUAAGGAUACUGAGAUGUAUUUGUAAAGUUUCUAGUAAUUUCUCUAUAGGUUAUUUUACCAACCUCUCUAGAUAGAGGUGAUAUAUUUUGACUAUCCUGUUAAAUUCUUUGGCACAAAAAAGGGGGGAAACAGGCCGAAUGAUCUUGAGUAGUCAAGUAUGACCUCCUCCUCCUCCUAUGUUGGUGGCUCUUCUUUCCAACGUGUUCGUGCUCUGAUAAAAUGGCUGACUGUAUUUGACUUUACAAACACAGCUCAUAGGAAAGAUUAAAUAUUUUUAUUGCAAUGUGCGGUCAUAUUUUUUUUUUUAGCCUUUAUGGAGUUAACAUUGUGAUAGGUGCUUUAAGAGAAAUAUUUUUUCAGAAAUGGUUUUAUAGCAAAAACUAUGGGCAGCUUUUGCAUUGUGAUGUGUGGGUAGGUGGUUCUAUUUGGGUUAGCAGGAACUCAUAAAAUGUUCCCUGAGGAGAAAGCUGUACAAUUCCAUGGCAGAGAGGGCAACAUGACGUUCUAGUUGACUGACUUUCUCCUAGUGAGGUAGCAUGUAAAUCAACAUACGUGGCAUUAAUUUGGUUUACAGGAAUCAGCGGAGUGUUUAAUUGGUGGCAGGAAAACUUUCAUCCAUAUUCUUUCCCGUACAAGCAGAACUGACUUCCACCCAGGCAAAGAAUCACUGUCCUGUGUUAAACCUCUCCCCCUGCAGUAUGUUUACUGUUGAUUUUUACCUAUUGCCAUCCUACUGUUGUAUCUCGCUAAUUGAGGUUUUGUGGGUUUUUUGUUUGGGGGGGGGCUGUUUUUGUUUUUAGAAAAUGCUGUUAAAAUUCCAAAAAAAUGUUUGAUUUAGUUCUUUACAUAUGAGGGAAAUAGUUAAGGAAAGCACUUCAUCACAUUAAAGGGAAAGAGAAUCUUAUAACCAUGAUGGUUUUAAUACAUGGUCAAUAUUGAGUCCUCUGCACAGAAUGGAACACUUCCUAGCAGUACUUGAAUACUUGUGAGUUGGAAUUGCAUGUUACUUGAAAAAUCUAAUUAAGCUAAAUUUUGGUGCACAGCAGUUGUAUAUGAUUUCAUGUUUAUGUAGCAAAAUACAUUGAAAUGUACUAGUAUUGAAACAUAAAUGUAAAAAUAGUUGUGGAAAUUGUCUUAUUUUCCUUUUGUCUCAUUGUUUAAAGCAUAAAUUUUCUUUUUUCUUAAUUCUAAGGAUAAAUGAAUACUGUAAUUGAAAAUAUAUUUUAAAUCUUUGUCAUGUUUUUUUUAAGCUAUUGCAAAUUGUAUCAUUCCUGAUUAUAUAGAACUU